AUGGGGCAUUGGAAGAAGGGGUGUUAUCAGAUCAUUGGUUUCCCGAAAGGAUGGGAUGAGAAUCGGAAAAGAGGAAGGGGUCGUGGUAGAGGCAACUCUAGUACUCGUGGCGGUAAAGGAGGCUAUGGUCGUGGGAAUACUUCGUCAAGUGGAUCCCCUCCUGCUGCUCGUGCUAAUGCAGUCCAAGAGGGGACAAAUUCCAGCUCUGGGAGUGCAUCAUCCUCACAAACAAAUCCCACUCAAGGCCCUGUAGGAGUUUCAACAAAACAAGCACAGCAAAUCAUUGAUAUUCUUAAGCCACGGUUGGAAGGGGACGAGUUUGAUGCGUGGCAUGGUGGAGACUUAGUGGGAGUGUAUGAGGAGAUUCAAGGAGAGCAAGCUGGUGGGGAUGAACCAGCGCCCUCAGGCAGCCCGCAGCAUCCCGCGAAUGGUGCGUCUGGUCAGCCCAUUGGAAAACCAGUGCCCGCAGGCCGACCAACGCCUACAGCUACCCCGCAGGACAUCGCAGCUGCUGCGUCUGGUUUAGACGCUGGAUUUCCAGCGGGAGAAAAGCAGGAUACGACCUCAGGCAGUCCCACAAGGCAGGGCACGACCUCAAGGAAUCAGCACCAUCCCACUGCAAGCGGUCAACCGCAUUUCAGCUCCAAACAGCAGGCCACGCAGCUCGAGGAUAAGGGGGCGAAGGAGUGA